AAACAAUUAUUAUUACGGGACGUUAGGUCGAUGCGGUGAAUGAGAUUCUAAAAAUUGCCGUAAUUCAUUCUCUCAGCAAGAGAUCACAGUCAACCUCGAGCGGUUGUUUAUCGCAGCGAGAGGAAUCGGCGCCGGGGCGGCAAAGGUUGCAAGGAACUCUCUCCUCGCGUCGGCGUCGGUCCGGUCUAUCAACGGUGGGUGUCCGCUUGAUCCAUGCUGCCACCUUUGAGAUCGCUCGUGACACAAGUGACACGAGUGUCACGAUCUUUGCAUAACGAUAACGCGCAAAACAAAGCAGCGUCGCAUGCGACGAGUACGUACGAAACGUCGUUUCUCUCUCUCUCUCUCUCUCUCUCUCUCUCUCUCACAUCAUCAUCUCAAAGCCUCGAGCUUCGCACAGGGCGAAGCGGCCUGCGGUGAACGCUUCUCGACAGGCGACAUGGCCGAUGUCGAGAGAGAACGGAUGUUCAAAGAAUACGACGAGAUUCUGGACAGCCUGAAGAAAACGUUCUCGGAGAGGUGGAACGCGAAGAAGAGCGAGGUCACGUCGCUGGACGACUUUGAGCGCUUCCGCACCCUCGGAGCCGGCGCCUUCGGCCGUGUGAUUCUCGUCAAGUACAAGCCCACGUCCACGUACUACGCCAUGAAGAUCCUUGACAAGCGGAAACUCGUAAAAAUGAAGCAGGUGGACCAUACGCGCAGCGAGAAGCGAAUCCUGCAAAGCGUCAGCUUCCCCUUCACGGUCUUCAUGGAAUACUUCUUCAAGGAUAACUCCUACGUGUACAUGGUGCUGCCGUUCGUGCACGGCGGCGAGAUGUUCACCCAUCUGAGGCGAUUGGGCAAGUUCGACGAGUCGCUGGCGAGAUUCUACGCUGCGCAAGUGGCCUUGGCGCUGGAAUACCUGCACCACUGCAGCCUGAUCUAUCGCGACCUCAAGCCGGAGAACAUCCUCAUACAGAGCUCAGGCUACAUCAGGGUCACCGACUUUGGCUUCUGCAAGAUGGUGGAGGGCCGCACUUGGACGCUGUGCGGCACGCCGGAAUACCUGGCGCCGGAAGUGAUUCUGUCCAAGGGUUACGGCAAGUCCGUCGAUUGGUGGAGCUUCGGCGUGCUGGUCUACGAAAUGAACGCGGGGUACCCGCCGUUCUACUCGCAGGACCCCAUGAAGAUCUACGAGAAGAUCGUCGCGGGCAAGUACAAGUUCGCGCAUCACUUUGGCGAGGAGUUGAGGGACAUCCUGAAGAACGUCCUUCAGGUGGACCUGACCAGAAGGUACGGCAAUCUCAAAGAGGGCAGCAUGGAUAUUAAGCGGCAUCGUUGGUUCCAGUCGAUCGACUGGGUCCAGAUCUACCAGCAGAAAGUGCAGCCGAGCUACCUCCCUCGCUGCGACAGUCUCAGCGACACCAGCAACUUCGACCAUUACGACGAAGAGCCGCUCCAGAUUGACUCCUCCGAUUAUUACGGCAAGGAGUUUGCCGACUUCUAGAGAGAGAGAGAGAGAGACGCUUCAAAGCCACACCGAGGCCACACACGGCUGCUUGUCCGCCGGAUGAAGCGGCAGGUUUCCCGAUGUGGACGCUGGAUUGUACUGGCUGAUUACUGGUUACAUUACCGGGACAGAGAAAUAUCGCAUACGGAGUCGGAGCCCAACACGAGCAGAAAUACAACGCGGAGUGAAGGAAGAAAUGGAGACGGACAGAUGGAUAGUGCGAUUCAGGAUUCAUUCAACUUUUAAUGUCGUAUGGCACUUCUGACGGCUGAAGCUUUGGUGGGUCAGACGUGGCUGCGUGCGCGCAAGAGGAACCUUGAGUCUCGGAACUUUAACGAGACUGCGUUGUUUCAUGUUAACUUUGCGACUUUGCUUAGAUUUAUCGAAGAGAAGCGAGCGACGACAAAUGUACUGUCCCUCCCACGCGACAGUCCUCCCGAUUCUUUAAUUCUGUUGCGCUCGGCUGAAUUAAUAUAUAAAAGUUAGAGAUCAGGAUGCU